UAUUGGUGUUGCUUAUUUCAGGUCACAAAAACAAGAAGUAUCGUGGCCUUGUGACCUCACCACCACCUCAGCUUCAUCGUCCUCCACAAUGCGCUUCAACCUGACUAGUUUGUACAGGUGGGCGGCGACGCUGGUGUUUGUGUUAGGUGUGGCGGCAGCACAAAAGAACCUGGCAAGACCCUUAGACGCCACUAAUGAAGUGUCAGUAGAGCGAGUCUCCAACAAGAGGUACGGCAGCUCAGCCAGGAACGACGUCAGGAGGUACGGCGUGGCACCUAUAGAGCUUCAAGUGCAUGAUGGCCAUCGCAUGAUCACCCGCGCCCUCUGGAGGAUCUUCGACGCCCUCAUGCAAAAGAAGGACCACUCACAGCUCUAUGGCAGGAUGGGCUUCGUCGAGGAGGCUCUCAAGAAGAUGAUCUCCGUCGACUCUCAGCUGGAGGAUGAGAUCGAUAAACUGAAGGUUAGGGCUUUUGUUCCUGUCAUUAAUAACUAAGGACGUUGAUGUUAA